AUGGUUUUGAAUUUAUUAAGCAUUCCCUCUAAACCUAUAGAACUUGAAAAUCCUAAUCCUAUAGUAUAUGCUCAUUACACUUUUAAAGGUUUACAAGCCGGUAUCUUUUUAGGUUCUCUCGCAGGAACUUUUGUUAAUUUGUACAAUAUGUAUUAUUCAAAAACUGAAAAGAAAUUUAAUUGGAUCAGAGUUGGUUCAUAUGCAAGAAACAGCAUACUUCCAUUUAUAAUUAUUAUUGAUAAAAUGUGUUACGAUAGACUUUCUUCUUCUGUUAUUUAAAAAAAUCAGUCUAGAGCUUACACAAUUUUGAAAAAUUAAGGAUAAAACUUAGUGGAUGAUAUUUCACUUGGAGGUUUAUUGGGUGGUGCUAUUAUUGGUGCUCUUUAAGGAUAGAAAUCUAUUGGAUCACUAUUUAUUUCAGCUUCAUUAGGUGGAUUAGCAGGUCUUUUACUAGAUUUUGCAAUAGUUGCUGGUAAAGAAGUUGCCAACAGACACUGA